GCUUAUUUAUAAAGUCAUUAUUGGUUAACUGACCCCUCCUUCUCUCCGUCUAACCUCACACAAAUUGUAGCCUACACUCUGCCGUGCUUGUUAAACGUCCUCUGAAACGAUCAUGCUCUAUUUUAUGCUCCCUCAACAACAAUAUGAAUAAUUCAAAGGAUAUAAAAAGCAAGGACAAAUAGCAUGUUGCAUGCUUCACUGUGGAUUCUGUUUGCACUCUGGAGCAGGAUCUUAAAACUCCCAGGGAAACGACACAAACACAGAAUUGCAGAUCUAAUCAAACCUCCACAGAUCCCUCCUCGCUUUUUGAGGUCCCUCCCAGUUACAUCCUCUUUAGUGGGUCAUAUGGCUGUAAUAUUCUAACGCUCAUCAUUGCUUCUGCAUGAAGUGGGCUGAAGAGGGAAAGUGUGUCACAUAUGCUGAGGUUAUGAACACAAUCCUAUGUCAUUGUCAGUAAAUGGAAACCUUGGUAACGCCAUUACGGCAUUUCUGCAGUGUAAUAGUUCAUUGAAGGAAAUUUCUGCUUAUAGUUCAUUGAAGGAAACUCCACAGCAGGAUGAAGAGUCUUCACAAUCUGUUGGAAUAUGUAGAAGACGGGGCACCUUUUUUUUUUUUUUUGGAGUAUAAGAAGUUAGAUGACUCCUAAGACCAAGCAAUGCACUAGGAUCUCCAAAGUCCCUCGGUCGUUUUGCACACCCAGCUGGAAACCUCUCUCACCAGGAGCACCCGGUCUCAAGCGUGCCUUCUUUUCUCUAUUCUACUGCCCCCUGCUGGAGCAAUGGAAAACCAACUCCUACGCAAACAUUACAAUUACACAGGGAAGCUGGACAAUCGGAACACCACCACUAGGGUUGAUUUAGGUCCCGAGAAGGUGGUGUUUCUGGUUAUAUGCAGCUUUAUAGUGCUGGAAAACUUGACAGUGCUGAUUGCGAUAUGGAAAAAACAAAAACUCAACAGCCGCAUGUACUUUUUCAUUGGGAAUCUUGCACUGUGUGACUUGCUUGUCGGUGUGAUGUACACUGUAAAUCUGUUAUUGUCUGGGGAAAGAACUCUGCACCUUUCGACAGAAGAGUGGUUCAUCCGUGAGGGGAGCGUGUUCGUGGUGCUGGGAGCAUCUAUCUUUAGUCUACUGGCUAUUGCCAUUGAAAGGCAUCUCACCAUGAUUAAAAUGAGGCCUUAUGAUGCUACUAAGAAAUACCGAGUGUUUCUGCUCAUAGGGACAUGCUGGCUGAUUGCUGUGGCUCUCGGAGUGCUGCCCAUCGUGGGCUGGAACUGCCUGGACAACCUUCCAGACUGCUCAGUCAUUUUACCGCUCUACACAAAGAAGUACGUGGCAUUCUGCAUCAGCAUUUUCAUCAUCUUGCUGCUGUCCAUUUCUGUACUGUACGCUCGCAUUUAUGUCCUGGUGAAGUCCAGCAGUCGCAAGGUGAUGAAGCACAGCAACUCCGAGCAUUCCAUAGCCCUGCUGCGGACAGUCAUCAUCGUCGUCGGGGUCUUCAUCACAUGCUGGAUGCCCAUCUUUGUCCUCCUGCUCACUGAUGUGGCCUGCAAAACAAAGCAAUGCCCUAUCCUGCACAAAGCCAACUGGUUCAUUGCUCUGGCCACAAUGAACUCGGCUUUGAACCCGGUGAUCUACACUCUGGCGAGCAGGGAGAUGCGACGGAUGUUUUAUGGGCUGCUGUGUGGAUGUUUAGCGGUGCCAUGUAUGGUUGGCUGCAAAGAUAAUGAAGAAGGCAGCAGGAGUAAGAGCUCUAGCCAGAAUCAGAAACCAGCUGAAGAUCAGGGGUAAUAAGGGAACGUUGUCAUCCAGCCGUCGUAGAAAGCCCGGACUCCUGAAACGAGGUGUAAAUCUCAAAGACCCAUUUCUGACUAGUAUAUAGCCAGGAAUAUUGGGUUCAUCUUCAGACGUUCCAGCAGAAAAUGGAGGGGUUUUUUUCUCUUGAAUUGAUCAGGCAGCUAAUGACAGCAGAGGAUUACUCUUGCUAGCAGAGGAUUUCAUUCCUGGGUGGUCUAUGCACCAAAACAUACAUUCUCUCAACUAGUCUUAUUCUUCCGUGCUUUAUGAAUACCAUAAACACCAGUAUUCGUUAAGCACACCAAACUGCCAAUGUAUAACUUGUUUUUGUGACUAUAAUCCAUGUACAAUCUAUCAGAUUCUCCAAACACACGUCUGUUCUGAACUCAAACAGCAACCCUGGGACCUUACAUGCCAAGGCUGAGGAAAUAUUUGGAGCGAGACACCAUUUUAAACUGGAAUGGAAAUUUCAACCGAGUCUUUUAACCAUCCUUUUUUUUUUCUUUUCACUUGUUAUAAAAACUGCUCUUGCAUGUUGUAAUUUCUUUGCCCACGAUUAGUUUUUUCAGCAUAAGAGGGCUGACAAAGAAUUCCAGAUGGUGGUGGAAAAAAAAAAAAAAGACAAGGCUGCCUCGAUUUAUCUUUUUUUUUGCUGCUCCAUUUGGUCUAUAUUUUUGGCAAACAAAACAACCGAAUGAACUUAGUUGUACGGUACAGACUGAACCCAUGUAGCAGAUACAGAUGGAUCCAUAGAAACAGAUGUAGACUCUAGAAAGUAGCAACUUUUGAUGUCAGAUAAUCCAAACUGUACUUACCUUAGACUCGGCUUCACAUUUCAAAGCAAUUCAUUCUACAUGUACCACAGUGAUGAUGAACGCCCGAUUCUCCAAUCGUUUCAGUAUGUUAGCAUUUCUAUAUUAACAACAGAUUUUUAAAAAAUGUAAAAAGUGUAUAAUCACAAGUUUUCUGUUUAUGUAGCAGUUUUCGAAGGAGUCUCCAGUGUCAGUGUUUUGUAACAGUUGGAAAUAAAGCCUGCAACUUUAUGUUUUCAGACAUGGGAAAAUCUUCAGGAUGGAGGAAUUUGCAAAUUCUCUGUAACAAGACGAGAUACUUUUUUGUCUUAUUCGUUUUCCAAAAAAAAAAAAGAAAGAGAGCGAACAACUGUUUUGCAAAUGAACUUUAAAUGUAACUAUAAACAAGUAAAAAGUUUGACGUAACAGUUUUUAAAUUAAUAAAAAAUUGAAAUCAUUGACAAAUUGCUGUGGUAUAAAAGGAAUAAAACAAUUAACUUAAAUCCACCUCCAUCACUGAUUACCUUCCUAUAACAGCAUGCCACAAAGUGUUUAAUCUUUUGCACAUUUUUCAACAAACCGAGCUGAGAUGUUCCGUUCGUGAUUUCAGUCACUCUGAAGAACAAAUCAUUUCUGAUCAUGAUUAGUGUAUUAAUAUUGCUGUUUGAUGUGAGUACGAUGCUUCUGUUACAACUAUGUGUCUUUAUGUUUACAUGUUAUUUUCGGAUGUUAGGUAUCGAAAGGACUUCUGAAAAUGAUAUUCUCAAACUUUAUAAAACACUAAGCUGUAGAGUUCUGAUUGCACCAUGGUAAAUAAAUUUAGUGAACUUGUCCCAGCGUGUUGUGUCUCCUUCAAAUGGAAUAUCCCAGAGGUCUCAACCAUCAUACACACACACACACACACACACACACACACACACACACACACAGUAUAUCAUAUCCAUAAUACUCCACUCAACCCAACACACGGAGUUGGCUCCCUCUGCUGGACCUAAAUGUUAAGUUCUUUCAGGUUGCUGAACGUUCUGGUAGAACCUAAUAAAAGGAACUGAACUUGUGUUAUAAUCUUGAAAUUGAAGAUUCCCCCCCCACUCCACUCAAGACACACCAUCACACCUCUCCAUUGUUGAUUAUUUUCCUAUAACAGCACACCCUCUUCAUGGUUUAUAAGAACAUGCAUAAACACACCAGUGUGUAAAGAAUGGGGCGUGAUUAAGAAAACCAUCUCUGAUGUUGAUCUUUCAUAAUGCUGUACGUUGUGGCAAAGACAUCAGCAAAUACUUACUUUAAAUAUCAAACUGUGGAAUUAGAUAAUAUAGAGUGCUCAAGUUAUGCAGUAUUAUACAAAAAAAAAAAUUACGAGAGUUGUACUGACUGCUUAUAAGUCGUUAGUGCACAGUAAAAUCCCUAGUGUUGAAUUAACACCCAGGAUGUUUAUAUGAGUCCAGUGGACUUCAACACUGUGGGUGUUAAAUCAACACUGGCGAUUUUGCUGUGUGGCAUUAUAUUUCAAACGUUACUCAAUCCACAGAAUUAAAUGUAACUAUAAACGGAUAAAAAAAGUAUAUGUCGUUCUUUAAUAAAUAACUUCUUUUUUUUUAAGUUAACAUUGGCAAAUUUCUGUGCAGGAUAAAACAAAUCUUCAGGGCAUGCUGUUAUAGAAUAAUCAUCAACUCCGGGCCACGUCACAUCACGCCACUGGGAAAUAUGGCCUCCGUUGAACAUACUGGAACAUCAUAAUCUCUUAUAUUUUAUGACACAGUAACAAGAAAGCAGCAAAAUAUAAGGUUUAGAGUGACUUAGGAGUGUUAGGUAGAAUUGUUUAUAGGUCUUACUAUAGAGAAUUUUUAAAUUUUUUUAUCCUAAACUAAACAUGAUUCUUUCAUGAGUUCAUUACAAGUUUGUUUUUACAUUACAACUGAACUAUAAUAGAUUUAAAGGGAAACAAAAUGGCAGGUUUUUUUUUUACUAAUAUAAAAAAAAACGAGUGCAGGUUUUUAGAGCAUUUUAGCGUAUAUGGAAUUGUAUUACAUAUGCAAUCAAAUCCACCGUGCUCCAUGUAGAAGACCAAAAAUUUUCCUUCUGUAUUACUUUAUAGAUUUAGAGUGCAACUGGAAGAUCUCGACUGUCCUGCACAGAGCCCUGACCCCUGACCUCAUCUGACCUCACUAAUGCUCUUGUGGAAUGUGUGAAUGACCACAAAUCCCCGCAACCACGCUCCAAAAUCUGGUGGAGAGCCUUCCCAGAGGAAUGGAGCUUAUUAUAACAGAAAAGAAGGGACUGAAUCUGGAAUGAGAUGUUCAACAAGCACAUAAGGGUGUGAUGGUCAGGGGUACGCAAACUUUUGGUCAUGUAGUGUAUUUGUGAGUAAAGAAUUAAGUGUACGCAUAUAUGAAAAUAAAACAGUAUCAAAACGUUCAAACAGUAUCAAAAGGCUAUAUUCAGAUCGUAAAGUACAUACGUGAAUGGUUCUCACGGUAUUCGUGCAUUACAUCAGAUAUGACAUUGUAUAUUUUAUUGUCUGCAUUUUGUGCUACUUAUACACAUUCAUUUGCUCUACUGUUUUUGUAGAACAUCUCUUGAGACUGCAUAAAUCCGUCUUACACUUGUUUGGGUUUUGAAACUGUUUUACUUUUAAAUGUACGCGAGUUUACACACUACGGUGUCGUGUGGAUCGUAGUGCUGGACUAAUAACUGCAAUAAUAAAUCGGUGUUGAGGCCAGAAAUUCGCUCGUUUUUAUCAUUCAAAAUGUGAAAACAGAUCAUUUUAAACCUUUUCAAACCAUCCUCUAUACAGUGAAGCCACACAUUCAGAAAAUUAAACCUCAAGUUACUUUCAGUCAUUGUUACUGGUGUUUUGUGUGUUUUAUGUGAAAAAUAUAUCAAUACAUCGAUAUCAGGUGUCCAGUGUGUGGUUAAGAAAUGAUCACAAUAUCCAAAAAGAACAAUCUUGCUGGGGUUUUUUUUCUUUCUUUCUUUUUUUUUUUUAAAUCUACUCCAACGUAUAUGAAAAUAACCAUUUUUGCCUAUGCAAAUACUAAUACUGGAGUAUAAAUAAAUUCACUACUUGGUAAUGCAGCCUACUAUCUUAACUGUAAAAUUGAUAAAUGUAAAUUAUUAUUAUUAUUAUUAUUAUUACCCAAAUUUCUAAGCAUGUCUCCAGGAUUAAUUAAUGUUCCUCAUUCUACAUAUCUGCUCUUUAUAUAUGCUACCGGUCAAAAGUUUAGACACACUCAUUCUUUAUUUUUAUUUUAUUUUCCGCAUUUUAGAAUAAUAAUCAAGUGAUCAAAACUCUAGAGUAACACAAAUGGAACUAUGGGAAUUUUGUUGUGAUAAAACUUAGUAUUUUAUCAUCUUCAAAGUAGACACCCUUUUUGCAGAGAAUUUCCAGAAAUGUAUUCUUGGCGUUUUCUCACCCCAUUUCUUGAGGAAUCCCCAGGAGAUGCUUUUUAACAGUAUUAAAGGAGUUCCCACCUACACCAGACGCUUAUCAGCUGCUUUUCGGAAUAUUUCGCUCAUCCGUUUAAAAAUAAAUAUAUUUUUGUAAAUAAAAUGUUAUUUUUCUAAUGAAAGAAACGAAUACGUCGGCACGAUUAUAUUUUUGUCUACGACACCAAUUUCAAACAUUUAAUA